GGCAUGGAUCCCAUUGGUUUAUUAUUGUAUUAAUACUGUGGGUGGGAGUGUGGGUGCCUCACAGCGUAAGACACUUCAGAGAAAAAGAAAAGCACCUUUUAUCAGCACCGCAUUAUUGACCCAUCACAGUUGGUCAUUAAUGGCGAUCAAGAACUCCAUUUGAGUUGAUUUGGACUAGUUGUGGUGGACUUGGAUGCUACUGCAACUGACUCACUAAUGGGAUUCCACCUUGCAUUGUUUCUCUUGUUGGCUUCUGUUCAAACAACUUUAAGUCAAGAUAUUGCACAUGGUUCGCUUCUAGUAGAUGGAGCUCAGACAAAAGCCGAAACAGAUGAUAACUUUAUUUGUGCCACUAUUGAUUGGUGGCCUCAUGAUAAGUGUGACUACAACCAUUGUCCCUGGGGUUAUUCAUCUGUUGUAAAUUUGGACUUGUCUCAUCCUUUCCUCGCCAAGGCAAUCCAAGCUCUCAAGCCUUUGAGGAUAAGACUUGGGGGUUCUUUGCAAGAUCAGGUUCUGUAUGACGUAGGAAGUUUGAAGGCUCCUUGUCAUCCAUUUCAAAAGAUUCAAGGUGCAUUGUUUGGAUUUUCAAAAGGAUGUUUACACAUGAAAAGAUGGGAUGGGCUGAAUCAUUUUUUCAACGAGACAGGGGCCAUUGUGACAUUUGGCUUGAAUGCACUCCAUGGGAGGCAUCAGAUCAGUCAUAAUGUUUGGGAAGGAGAAUGGGACCCUACAAAUGCUUAUGAUUUUAUAAAGUACACAGUGUCAAAGGGAUACAAGAUUGAUUCAUGGGAACUUGGUAAUGAGUUGAGUGGUAAGGGCAUUGGUGCAAGUGUUGGUGUUACACAGUAUGGGAAAGACUUGAUAAAACUUAAACAAAUUUUAAGUACUUUAUAUGACAACUCCAAGUUCAAGCCUUCACUUGUAGCACCUGGGGGCUUUUAUGAAAAGCAGUGGUAUAAUAAGCUUCUUCAGGUUUCGGGUUCAGGCAUAAUCAAUGUUCUGACCCAUCAUUUGUAUAACUUGGGUCCAGGUAGUGACGAGCAUCUUGAAGCGAAGAUUCUUGAUCCUGAGCGCUUGAGCAGGGUGGAAUCAAUUUUCGGCAACCUUUCAGAAACCAUUCAAAAAUAUGGUCCUUGGUCUUCUGCAUGGGUUGGAGAAGCUGGUGGAGCAUACAACAGUGGUGGUGGUCAUGUUUCUAACACAUUUCUAAACAGCUUUUGGUAUUUAGAUCAACUUGGAAUUGCAUCCAUCUACAGCACUAAAGUCUAUUGCAGGCAGACUUUAAUUGGAGGGAACUACGGCCUCCUCAAUACAACGACUUUAACUCCCAAUCCUGACUACUACAGUGCACUCUUGUGGCAUCGAUUAAUGGGAAAGAAGGUUCUUGCAGUUUCAAAUGAUGUUUCUUCACCCUUUUUACGCACUUAUGCCCAUUGUUCAAAAGACAGAGCAGGUAUAACGUUAUUGCUGAUCAAUUUAAGCAAUCAGACUCAUUUCAUACUCACUGUUCAAAACCCUGUGACUGCUGCAAGUGCUGAAGAAAAUGAAAUGGCCACAACCGUACAUAAAGAAAAUUCUUUCUUCGAUUAUCUCAAGAAGACAUUUUCUUGGGUUGGAACAAAAGGGUCAGAGGUCACAUUCAGGGAGGAGUACCACUUAACUCCACAAGAUGAUUACCUCAGAAGCCAAACCAUGGUGCUGAAUGGUAUUCCACUGGAAUUAACAAACGAGGGAGAUCUUCCAACAUUGGAUCCAGUACACAAUAAUGUACGAUCUCCAAUAUACAUUGCUCCUUUGUCCAUUGCAUUUAUUGUAUACCCCAACUUUGAUGCUCCAGCUUGCACUACUGCUAGACAUCGAAAACUUUAGACUAUUAUGUUUUUUUUCCUAUAUAACAUGGUAACUAGACACUAGGACUAUGCAAUUGCAAGCUCAUGGUAAUUGUAAUUAGUGAGCUAUUGUCUUCACUAGAAAUUUACAACCUCUGCAAUAAUUUAAUAUUGAAGAAACAUGCAAGUUGUACCAUCAAAUUGUGAAUAAAUUGUUUGUUCAAAUUUAGUCUUGUUAUGUCCCAUCCAAAAGUGAUCUUGUUUCACUCUUCUGCAGCAGCCAAUGCCAUCAAUUAAUUCUAUCUCAAUUGCACGCACCACUUUAUUACAAAGAACUAAGAUUUGUAUAUUUAUUCACGGCCAAAACCCAACCCAUUCUGCCCAUGUUAUAGAUGCAGGUGUCUUAGAUGGACUAAAGCAUUAUUUGAAAAUUUUAAGAACUGUACCGUGUGGGCCUAGUAGAACAUCAGCCCAGUAUAGCACGUUGAGUUUAAAGCCCAAGUCUAAUAUAUAGAUCUUCCUAGAAAACUUGGGAGCUCUUCAAAGCUGAAACACAAAGCGUAAAUUUUAUGUGAUGCUAAAUAAUGCGAUAUGCACGUAUCUGUUUCCUAGUGAGAGUAUAAGGUUUAAGUACUUCAAAUCAUGCUGGAGAAGGUGGCGUAUGAAGCAUGAUAGUGACGG